AACCGUCUGCCCCCCCUCAAGACGUUAAAUGUGUCAGCACGCGAUCCACCGCCAUUUUGGUAAGUUGGCGGCCGCCACCGGCCGAGAGCCAGAACGGCGUCCUGGCUGGCUACAGCGUCCACUAUCGAGCGCUGGACUCGGAGGACACCGACCUAAAGGAGGUGAAUGAUAUCCCCCCAACCACCAGUCAGAUCCUACUGGAGUCCUUGGAGAAGUGGACCGAGUAUCGCAUCACGGUGGUGGCUCACACGGAGGUGGGGCCGGGGCCGGAGAGCUCGCCGGUUAUCGUCCGCACGGAUGAAGAUGUGCCCAGUGCACCACCUCGUAAAGUGGAGGUGGAGGUCCUGAACUCAACUGCAAUCCAAGUGUUCUGGCGCUCCAGUGCAGACCGCCAGCACGGCCAGAUCCGUGGCUACCAGGUGCACUACGUGAGGAUGGAGAAUGGAGAGGCCAGGGGGCUGCCCCAGAUCAAGGACAUCAUGCUGGCAGAUGCCCAGUGGGAAACAGAUGACACUGCUGAAUACGAAAUGAUCAUUGCUGGGCUCCAGCCGGAGACUGCGUAUUCCAUCACCGUAGCCGCUUACACCAUGAAGGGAGAUGGUGCUCGCAGCAAACCCAAAGUGGUCACCACAAAGGGUGCAGUCCCAGGAAAGCCCAUCCUGUCUGUGCACCAGACAGAGGAGAACACUCUCCUGGUGAAGUGGGAGCCUCCAUUGGAUGCUGAAGGUCAGGUGUUGGGCUACCGACUCCAGUUUGGCCGCAAGGAUGUCGACCCUUUGGCUACCUUGGAGUUCUCAGCCCUGGAGGAUAAGUACAUCGCUCCCAGCAUCCACAAAGGCGCCACGUACGUCUUCAAGCUGGCGGUGAAAAGCCGAGCUGGCUUCGGGGAGGAAGCUGUGCAGGAACUCACCACCCCUGAAGACAUCCCUAAGGGUUAUCCCCAAAUCCUCGAGGCGAGCAACAUCACUUCCAUGUCGGUCCAGUUUGGCUGGCUCCCCCCCGUGCUGGCUGAGAGGAACGGAGCCAUCGUCAAAUACACCGUGGCUUACCGGGAAGCAGGUUCUCCUGGCAACCUGCUGGAAAAAGACCUCCCCCCCUCCCCAGAGAACUCCUACACCCUCAACGGCCUCAAACCCAACACCGCCUAUGAUGUUAAAAUCCGUGCUCACACCAGUAAAGGCCCCGGGCCCUACAGCCCGACCGUCCAGUAUCGGACGUUCCAGCUGGAUCAAGUUUUGCCCAAAAACUUCAAGGUGAAGAUGGUGACAAAGACAUCUGUCCUUUUGAGCUGGGAGUUCCCUGAGAACUACAACUCUCCCACCCCAUACAAGAUCCAGUACAACGGGCUGCACGUCGACGUGGACGGUCGCACCACCAAGAAGCUCAUCACCCACCUGAGGCCCCGAACCUUCUACAACUUUGUGCUGAUGAACCAGGGCAACAGCAUGGGGGGGUUGCAGCAAAAUGUUGCUGCCUGGACUGCUGCUGACAUGUUAUCCAAGAAGCCAGAGGUGACCCACAAACCUGAUGCUGAUGGCAACGUGGUGGUGAUUCUUCCCGACGUGAAGAGCUCCGUGCCUGUCCAGGCUUUCUACAUUGUGGUGGUGCCUCUACGCAAGUCCCGAGGAGGACAAUUCCUCAACCCCUUGAGCAGCCCUGAGGAGAUGGACCUGGAGGAGCUGGUGCAGGACAUCGCCAGGCUCCGGCGUCGCAGCCUGCGCCACUCGAGGCAGUUGGACUUCCCCAAGCCUUACAUCGCCGCGCGCUUCCGCUCCCUCCCCUCCCACUUCAUCCUGGGGGACAUGAAACACUAUGACAACUUUGAGAACAGAGCCCUGGAGCCAGGGCAGAAGUAUGUAAUCUUCAUCCUGGCUGUGCUGCAGGAGCCCGAGGCUACCUUUGCUGCCAGCCCCUUCUCUGACCCCAUCCAGCUGGACAACCCUGAUCCGCAGCCGAUCAUCGAUGGAGAGGAAGGGCUGAUCUGGGUCAUUGGGCCUGUCCUGGCCGUGGUGUUCAUCAUCUGCAUCGUCAUUGCCAUACUCCUCUACAAAAACAAACCAGACAGCAAACGGAAAGACUCGGAACCACGGACCAAAUGCCUCCUGAACAAUGCUGAGAUCACUCCUCACCACCCGAAGGAUCCGGUGGAAAUGAGACGUAUCAACUUCCAGACUCCAGAUUCUGGUCUGAGCAGCCCUCUCAGUGACCCUGAGUUUGACUUGGAAAGUAUGCUCAGCCACCCACCCAUCCCUGUUUCUGAGCUGGCUGAACACACAGAGCAUCUCAAAGCUAAUGAUAACCUGAAAUUAUCCCAAGAGUAUGAGUCCAUUGACCCUGGCCAGCAGUUCACCUGGGAGCACUCCAACCUGGAAGUGAACAAACCCAAGAACCGUUACGCCAACGUGAUCGCCUACGACCACUCGCGCGUCAUCCUGCUGCCCAUCGAAGGAAUUGUGGGCAGUGAUUACAUCAAUGCCAACUACAUCGAUGGGUAUCGGAAGCAAAACGCCUACAUUGCCACUCAGGGGCCUCUGCCAGAGACCUUUGGAGAUUUCUGGAGGAUGGUGUGGGAGCAGCGUUCAGCUACUAUUGUUAUGAUGACGAAACUGGAGGAAAAAUCACGGAUCAAGUGUGACCAGUACUGGCCAGGCCGAGGUACAGACACCUAUGGAAUGAUUCAAGUGACAUUACUGGACACCAUUGAGUUGGCCACAUUCUGCAUCCGAACGUUCUCCCUUCACAAGAAUGGCUCCAGUGAGAAGAGGGAGGUGCGGCAGUUCCAGUUCACGGCGUGGCCUGACCAUGGUGUGCCCGAGUAUCCCACCCCAUUCCUGGCCUUCCUGAGACGGGUGAAAACCUGCAACCCUCCUGAUGCUGGUCCCAUCGUGGUGCACUGCAGUGCGGGCGUUGGCCGGACCGGCUGCUUCAUCGUGAUCGAUGCCAUGCUGGAGAGGAUCAAACAUGAGAAGACAGUGGAUAUUUAUGGCCAUGUCACCCUCAUGAGAUCCCAACGUAACUACAUGGUACAGACAGAAGACCAGUACAGCUUCAUCCACGAUGCCUUGCUCGAGGCUGUGGCUUGUGGCAACACCGAGGUCCCAGCUCGGAAUCUCUACAGCUACAUCCAGAAACUGGCACAGAUUGAAGCCAGAGAGCACGUGACGGGCAUGGAGCUGGAGUUCAAGCGUUUGGCCAACUCCAAAGCCCACACCUCUCGUUUCAUCAGUGCCAACCUCCCCUGCAACAAGUUUAAGAACCGCCUUGUCAACAUCAUGCCCUACGAGACCACCCGGGUGUGCCUGCAGCCCAUCCGCGGCGUGGAGGGCUCCGACUACAUCAACGCCAGCUUCAUCGAUGGCUACAGGCAGCAGAAGGCCUACAUUGCCACGCAGGGACCCCUGGCAGAGACCACCGAGGACUUCUGGCGGAUGCUGUGGGAGAACAACUCUACCAUCGUGGUGAUGCUGACGAAGCUUCGCGAGAUGGGCAGGGAGAAGUGCCAUCAGUACUGGCCGGCCGAGCGCUCCGCGCGGUACCAGUACUUCGUGGUGGAUCCCAUGGCCGAGUACAACAUGCCCCAGUACAUCUUGAGGGAGUUCAAGGUCACAGAUGCCAGG